AUGGACGCCUUUACGGAAAGAUGUAAAACAAAAACGGUAGAUAACCUGGCUUUCCUUUGGUCCACCAGUUUAAAAACUGAAAAGUUUGUAGAAGUAGAGAAAAAGAUGAAUUCUUUGGAAUUAGACUUAACUGCUCAACACAUGGACAAUUUGAUAAGGAAUCUUUCGGGUUUUAACCUUGAAGUUGACAAGAUCGAAAGAGAUGGGAACUGUUUUUUCAGAGCAGUUGCCUCACAGCUCAAUAGACACCUGAGGGAAUAUAAGGAACAUAUCGAAGGGCAUUGCACUUCCCUUGGAUUAGAAUUAGUGAAGCCUUCGACACACGUAGACUUAGGGAGCUGUUUGUGA